AUGAAUCUCCAUAAGAUGAACAGUUCCAGUUUAUUAUCUGGAAAGAAACUUUCAAAUUUGAAUAAGAAAAAUUCUGGUGAAAACGUCUGCGAUUUAUCUAGCAAUGGGGAAAAGAUUAAUGCCAGUGGCAAUUUUUUAAGCUUUUUUUUUUCCAGACGUUCAGUUAUCGCCAUAGGUGCCAUUCUUUGUGUUAUAUUACAGAAUACUUGCACAUUUGAGAAUACGACGAAUUCACAAUUGGGAUUAACUGCAAGAUUUUCUAGGAAUUUAGUUGAAAAGAGAAAAGAUAAAACUGGAGCAAAGCCAACUGCAACAUCUGUUUCAGGUGCGCCAAGACAAUUACCACCUCAGACUUCUACUAAUGCUAUAGCACCAAAAGUGUUAGAUUCAAAGAAAGAUACAAUAAAUGGCAGAAUAGUUGACAUGGAAGAGUUGCGAGAAAGAUGCCAUGAUAAUGAAAAGGAGAUAAAAGAAGAUGAGAUAGACAUAAUGCUGUAUUAUUUAGUACAACCAGGUUGCUUUUGUAAAAUAGAUGCUCUUGCUACGUGGUGGCAAAUUCGCAGAAAAGAGUUAAAGGAGUGGGACAAUUUUUCUACACAAGUGUCAAGACUUUACCAAGACACAGCAAAUAAAUGUAAAUACAGUGGAAAAUCAUCAGAUGACCUUUUGAAGAAGGCUCAACUUGACUGUACGCACAAAGCAAAAGCUAUGGAAUCUUCUUAUAAUGAUAAGAUUUAUGGUCUUCUUAACCAAAAGGAUAAACAGCCCCAAGCUUAUGUGGAUGGUGUUAGUAAGUAUAGAAAUGAUCAGGAAAGUCUAAGAAAUCAAUGUUGGGAUGAAUGGGAAAAAUAUUUUAAUGAAAAAAUGUCAGGGAAACCUUUUGUUAAAGAUGUACCUAAAAAGCCAGAGGCACCUAAAAAGGGAGCGGCACCUAAAAAGGGAUCGGAACCUAAAAAGGGAUCGGAACCUAAAAAGGGAGCGGCACCUAAAAAGCCAGCGGAACCCAAAAAGCCAGCGGAACCCAAAAAGCCAGCGGAACCCAAAAAGCCAGCGGAACCUAAAAAGGGAGCGCCACCCAAAAAGACACCAGCGAAAAAAUAA